AUGUAUAACUUCGCGCGCCCUGCGCAUCACAAGGUGCAGCUAGAUGUGUACAUCACUGGCAUUCGUGAUUCUGAAGCUGCAGCCUGCUUGGCGCAGACUGUUUUCGAGGCAGCGCAGGCUGCAGUGGCAGAGCGUGGUGCAUGCUGUCCCAUAGCGUUUCGCGCGCUGGCAUCAAAACGGCCUGCAAAGUCUGCCCCACGCCACGAGAAGGACACAUAUGCGCCAUUCCGUGACGGCUCUGCCGGAUUUCCGCAAGCAAGCGAGCGCUCGCUUUCAUUCUGGGAAGAUUUGUCCGAGGAGGCCCGUCAAGCUGAUUUUGUGGGUGUGAUAGCCCAGUUCUUCAACUUUGAGGCUGUUGAGGACAUCAACCUCCUCGACUUCAUCGUGCCGAAACGUGGAGGCAUCCUUGUCUUCCAGAGCGGGUUCAACACCCGGGUCCCUGCGCAUGCAGAGGACUUGGUCUGGGGCACUUUGAUCGACAAGGUGCGAAGAGCAGGCGCCAAGAUAGCGCUGAUCAGCAAUGCCUUCAGCUUCGACAAGGCAACUGGCAAGUCUGGUGUGAUCCCACCGGAUGGAGAGGUUAUGAAAAAGCUGGAGCACCUGUCUUCAACUCUGUGGACUCAUCUGCGUGAGGCAGGACUGAAAGAGGCGCUGCGCUUCUCGGUGGACCAGAUGGCAAAAUGGCUGACGAAGGUCCCGAUGGCAGGUGUUGACUUCUCCAACAGCAACUUGGACGAAGGCCUUGCUGCCAUUCGGACAAAGUAUGGCAUCCCGGAG